AUGUCAACAGAUACACCUGGGCCUAUGAUGUUUCAUCCAGUUGAUUCAUCUUCGUAUUCUAUGUCGUCGUCGGCUGGUAUUUAUGCAAAUCCUACACAACCUGACAAUCCCAAUGGUAAUUUUGCACAAAUUCCUCAUAGUGGUGGUCAUGUUGCCGCCGCAUCACAAUUGUUUUCUGUACAGCAACAGCAACAGUCACAGCCACAACACCAGUCACAACAACAACAACAACAAUUUUAUGCAGCAUCAAAUCAACAACCACCCGUCGCAUCGUUUGAUAUGGUUCCACAACAGCAACAGCAACUACAACAACACAUCCAGUCAUAUUCAUCAGGCAGUCAUAAUUAUGAAGUUCCAACGUAUCCAGUAAAUGGUGCACAGUCUAUGAUGUAUACAGAUCGACAGAAUACUGCUCUCCCAGUAGUAGCACAACAACAACCACAACAACUACUACCGUAGAUCGCAUCUUUAAAGAAAAAAAAACAACCUGUAUUGGACAAUCUAGGAAUAAUGAUAAUAAUAAUCAUAAGCUCCACAUUUCUACUUGUGAAAAUGAACAAUCUACACACACUAUGUCAAGAUGCUCUUUUUUUUCUCUUCUGUGCUUGCUAUAAAAUAUCACAUAAAAACCAUUAUUAAUAAUUAUUCCUCCAAUACAAUGAAUGACAAAGUUGAUUUCUUAUUCUUCUUUUUUUUUGUGUGUGUGUUAAACAUUCUCUCUUCAGUUGAAUUAUUAUGAUGAAUUGUGUCUUUCAGUUUACUUUAUACACACACAUAUAUGAUGAAUAUCCAGUUCAGUUACAAUCCUAACAACAACCACUACUACUAAUAUUACUACUCAUUAAUAGUUAGUAGUAGUUGGUUCACAUGGUGUGUACUCUCUGUAUACUUUUAUUUCAAAUUUACUCUUUAUUCUUAUCAUUUUUAAUUGAUUCUAUUGAUUAUAAAUAAUAAUAUUAAUAAUAAUAAAUAAUUUUAAUCUUUUCA